GUCUCGAACUGUCCGACACCCGAUCUGUUGGUGCAAUGCGUGCCAUGCGGUGGCAACUCCGGUGAUCUCUUGCGUUUGGAGAAGAUUGUCACGCAAAAGUUGAACGGUGACCUGAACGGCGUUACUGCUUGCGAUUAUCUACACCUCUUCUUCCCAACUUUGAGGUUCGAGUCCGGCCCGGCGGCUGUGGCGUCGCCUGGAUCCGGCUCUCUUUCGGCCGCGCAGUUCUACCGUCGCGAGUCCCGCAUCCGUCGGCACUCGGGAGGCGGUGCUUCUCGAGGCGCUCAGGCCUCCGACGAAGGUUUCGUCGAGGACUCCGAACCGGGCCUCGAUACAACCGGCUCACCGUUCGGGCUGUUUCGCGGAGUGGGCGGGUUUCGAGGCGAAGAGGAGGGAGAAGAGGAGGAAGCUGGGCCGGACGGCGAUGAACGAGACAUGGUGGUCGAGAUGGACGGUUACAAACGGACCGUCGGCGUUUUUGAGAUGGAUCACACUGUCGGCAAUCUGGCCUCAAACUUGAGCCCCAGCGCCUCAAUGUCUACGUCUUGGGACUGCCUCAAGGCCUGGCCCGAGUCUGACGGAGAGGCGGGUCUCGAAAACUCGUCGCAUGCGAUCGCAAAACUUCCGGACCCGGUAAGAAGGUGA